AUGGCCAAAGUCUUCGACGCGGCCGAGAUUGCCAAACACAAUACUCCGCAGAGUUGCUGGGUGAUCCUAUAUAACAAAGUAUACGAUGUCACCGACUUCCUCUCGGAGCACCCCGGCGGUUCCAAAAUCAUUCUGAAGUUGGCCGGUAAGGAUGCCACCGAGGAAUACGAUCCCAUUCAUCCUCCGGGCAUUCUCGAGGAAAACCUCAAGCCCGAGGCCUUCCUGGGGACAGUCGAUCUCAACACCCUCCCCAAACCGGAGCAGGAGUCGGCUGUGGAGGAAGUCAAGGAAGGACCCCCUCCCAUGGAGUCCCUCCUCAACAUGGACGACUUCGAGCAGGUAGCCACCAAGAACGUGAGCAAGAAGGCCUGGGCCUACUACUACUCAGCCUCGGACGACAAGAUCACCAAGCAUUUCAACAACGAGGUCUACCGCUCCAUUCUGCUGCGACCGCGUGUGUUCGUCGACUGCACCGUCUGUGAGCUCGACACCUCGGUGCUGGGUCACAAGCUGGGCAUGCCCAUCUACGUCUCGCCCGCGGCCAUGGCCCGUCUGGGUCACCCGGCAGGCGAGGCCGGCAUCGCUGAGGCCUGUCGCAGCUUCGGCGCCAUGCAGAUCAUCUCCAACAACGCCUCCAUGACCCCCGAGCAGAUCGUCAAGGACGCGGCGCCCGACCAGACGUUCGGCUGGCAGCUGUACGCGCAGAUUGACCGGUCGAAGAGCGAGGCCAUGCUUGCCCGCAUCAACAAGCUGAAGGCGAUCAAGUUCAUCGUACUGACCCUGGACGCGCCCGUCCCGGGCAAGCGGGAGGACGACGAGCGCGGCAACCAGGUGGGCGCGGCGGCGCCGGCCCCCAGCGCCGUGAAGAUCUCCAGCGACGCUCCCGAUAUCAGCGAGGCACCGGGCGGCGUCGGCCGCACGCUGUUCGCCGGUACCGACCCAUCUCUGACUUGGAAGGAGACGCUGCCCUGGCUGGCCAAGCACACGGACCUGCCCAUCGUCCUCAAGGGUCUGCAGACGCACGAGGACGCCUACAUCGCCUCGCUGCACACGCCGCAGGUCAAAGGCAUCAUCCUCUCGAACCACGGCGGCCGCGCGCUCGACACGGCACCUCCCGCCGUGCACACGCUGCUGGAGAUCCGCAAGUACUGCCCGGAGGUGUUUGACAAGCUGGAGGUAUGGGUGGACGGCGGCAUCCGGCGAGGCACCGACGUCGUGAAGGCGCUGUGUCUGGGCGCCAGGGGCGUGGGAAUCGGACGUCCCUCGCUGUGGGGAUUAUCUGCCGGUGGCGUGGAGGGCGUGAAGCGAACCUUGCAGAUUCUGGCCGACGAGACCAAGACCUGCAUGCGAUUGCUGGGGGUUGAGCGAGUGCAGGACUUAGGGCCUCAACAUAUCAACACCCGCCUUGUUGAGCAACAGAUCUACGACGGACCGUCGGGACUCGAGUCCCUGCGGAAUCAAUUCCGAGCGAAGCUAUAG